GCCUGUCAGAGCGCUGGUCAGAACGCUGAGAGGCAGCGAACAGCAGAGGUCUAACGUUAGCUCAGCUACUCAUUAGGACAGAGAGACAUUGGACUGUGAAGACGUUUUUGCGGUGGACAUUUCCGAAAGCAAAUGUUAACCUUCGGAUAAUACAGUUUGCUAGACUGUCUAGCGUUUCGGGUGCUAGCUUUCAGUUUACUUACUGGUGCUCUGCGGGUGGAAAUAGCAAAAAAAUGUCGUCUCCAAGUCCGGGUAAAAGGCGAAUGGAUACCGAUGUGGUGAAACUCAUCGAGAGCAAGCAUGAAGUCACCAUCCUCAGUGGACUCAAUGAAUUUGUAGUGAAAUUUUUCGGACCACAAGGAACACCGUACGAGGGAGGCGUGUGGAAGGUGCGAGUAGAUCUUCCUGACAAAUACCCUUUCAAAUCACCAUCAAUAGGAUUCAUGAACAAGAUUUUUCAUCCCAACAUUGACGAAGCGUCAGGGACAGUGUGCUUAGAUGUCAUCAACCAGACAUGGACGGCCCUUUAUGAUCUGACCAACAUCUUUGAGUCGUUCCUGCCCCAGCUGCUGGCUUACCCAAACCCCAUCGACCCCCUGAAUGGAGAUGCAGCAGCCAUGUACCUUCACCGGCCAGAGGAGUACAAGCAGAAAAUCAAAGAGUACAUCCAGAAAUAUGCAACAGAGGAGGCUCUGAAGGAGCAGGAAGAGGGGGCAGGCGACUCUUCAUCUGAAAGCUCCAUGUCUGAUUUCUCAGAAGACGAGGCCCAGGACAUGGAGUUGUAGUGAUAGGAGGGCUCCCCCAUCCCGCCCCCUCCUUUAACCCCCACAGAGACUAUAUUUGAUUUCCUAACCAUGAGAAAGCAGACUUAUAAUAUUCAUAUUUAAACAAGUUGAUUUUUUUAUUAUUAUUAUUAUUACUACUAAACAAGGAUUUUUAUGGAUAUCUAGCCUUUGGUGUGUUUGACACCCCUCCCAUUCUGUAGCUGUUUCUCCCUACACAUAUGUUGCGAUUGCUUUCACAUUUUCUCCUUGCCAUCUCCGCAUUUUUAAGGUGCGUCAUGUAGUCAAAGGCAGGAAAUGCCCCAGUGAACAUUUAAUUUCGUUACCCAAAUUUUCACUUUCCAAUUUGAGCUGAAUCCUAAUGUCUUUCUUUAUCCACAAUGCCAACUGAUUCUGACCAACAUUUUGUUAGUUGCUCCGCUACAGAGCUGCUUGGGUCUUGCUUGUCUGGGGUUGCAGCUUUUCAAUAUUACGCUGUAGUCAAAACAGUAUUUUAGUACGCACAAUCACACAUGGAGUGUCUUUGCACACCUAUAAACUACAAAAAGUGUAAUGCCAAUAGACACUCAGAAAUCAACCCUGAAGGCUUCCUAAACAUAUCUUUUUCAACACAUUGAUUGAGACAUGCUAUUAAAAAAAUAUGACUUUCUUUCUUAAUCUGUUUGGCUACCCAGACAUGUUACUUAACUUUUUGUUACUCUUUGUUGACCUGCUGCAGCUGCCUGUCUACAUGUGCCGCUGUGCAGUGCAAAAAUGAAUGCUUAAUAAGGUCAAGUCUUGGAAAACAAAUUAAUUUAACGCAUGUCUCCAUACAGGGUCAGUGACAAUGUGGUGCUAAAGACGUGUUGGGUGCUUUGGGUGUUGAUUUGUGGAAUGUACUCCUGCUGCAUAAUUUGUAUGGCAAAGGCAAUGAAGACAAAAAGUGGCUUUACUCUUGAUGCAUUUGUGGAGAUCAGGUCAGACUCACUUGGUAUUAUGGGAAUUAAAAAAAGACCAGAGCUGCCCUUUAACCAUCUGACCAUAUAUAAAUUUCAUAUCUCAUGUUUGCUCAAACAUUGUCAUUGUGCAGGAUGCUUACAGUCACCUGUACUCCUGCACAUUUCUAUUAGUAUUAGUGGUCAAGAACAACUAUCCAGGUAGAGAAAGAAUGUAACUAUCACCUAUUCUGGUGAAUUUAGAAAACCAGCACCGAAGUCGGUUUUAAUUUUAGUAAAAAGCAACAAAAAUCACAUGGUUAUUGAGUGGAUCUGGGGAGAGAAAAAAUUCAGUGAAGAUUCAGUUGUGUGUAGUAUUCAUCAUCCUCACAUUCCACUGUUACCUGGAGUUUGCUCUAAUGCAUGCCCUUAAUAUUGGUCUCAACCUGUGGUAUGUACCCCGACUGCAUUGACUGGACUCCCACACUUAAUGUCUGCCUACCAGGAUCUCUAUCUGGAUCACUAGUUUGAAGAGGAUUACAAAAUAAGAUGCCCAAUAUGUGACAUUUAGACAUUGUAGCAAUUUUCGUUGAUGGGAAUUGAUUUAACGUUAAUUUCAAAUGUACAGAUUUGACUUAUCUAAAAAAGAAAAGGAAAAAAAAAAGAAAAAUGCGUUAUUCAUUGUUCAAUGUGGCGAGUUGAGAUGUAAAUCCAUGAUGCGUGGAAAGAGAUUGCAAUCGCAGCUUUGAUUUUUGGCUGUUUUUUUCCCUCCUUUUAUUUCUUGUACAUUUUUUGCCCAAUGGGGGGGUCAACACGUUUUGGAUUUUUUUUUUUUUUUUUUUUUAAAUGGACAGCAUCUACCUUGUACAGUGAUAAGACACCUCUCUGUAGCCUCAUGAAAAUUCAGUGUUGAACUCUAAACACUGACUGAGUGUGGCUUGUCGAGGCUAACACGGCAGUCAAACUACCUAGAAAAAAAACCUUGCAUUGCAGUAAGAAUCACUGGUCGCUUUGUGGCAGAUUGUGGAUCCUGAGUGGGAGAUUCAAGGCUGAAUCCUACCCGGGAGGUCACCUUAUCACCUCUGAGCUCGACUCCCUCUUCUGUGCCUCAUCACAAAAGGAAGUUGACCGUUGAAGAAAAAAAAUCCCCCAAACCAUGUUUCCAAAAAAGCCAUGAAGGUCAAAAGUUACAAGAAAAGCACAUUGUUUUUACCUAUUCUACUUUUAUUCUCCUCUUCCUGCAAAUUGAUCCUGUGCAAUUUAUGAUUUGACAUCUACAUUUUCAAUCUUUGUUGCAGAUGUGGGGAAUGACCCAGGGUUGAGGGUUGGCAUUGUGUUUAUUUGAGCUAACGUAGGAUUGUUAGACUUUUAUGGCUCAGGUUUGAAAUGCAGUUUGGUUGUAUCUUGCAUUGUGAUUCACAUUUUCACCCGGGACUUACUGAAAGGAUGGAAAUCAUGCUAAUAUUUGUUGAACUGUGUUUUUGACAUGUCAGGAUAGUUAGUUUUGCUGGGUGUUUACUUCAACUAAACAACAUAUGCUAUAUGGCUGUAUUACAGAUAGAGUUAGCUAGUUUGAUAUACUUACCUGAUAAAGCAUUCAUAGUUCACCUGAUUUUAGUUAGUGUCUGUUGUGUGGUUAUAUGUAAGAUACUCCAUAGACAUGCCUGCUUGUCCUCUUCUUGCAGAGUUGUACAGAUGAGUGUGAGUGAUUUCAAACUAGGGUGAUGUUUGACCUGUAGUGAGCCUGACAGAUCUAACUGUACAGAAAUGAAAAGUUUGGUUCAGAUGUUGGAUUUUCUCCACACACACACACAAAAAACACGAUUUAAAAACACAAUUCUAUGCUCACAUUUGAUUUGUUUUUAAUUUCCGAUAUUUAUCUGAGAAGUUUGACUUGUUUAAAGCUAUGGGAUAAUAAUUCCUCUCAUCCAGCCCUGAGGAGGAUUUGAAUGUUAGCUCAGGGGUUAGCUUCCAGCAGGAUGCAGCCAUUUUAACUGUUGCAGAGCUAACUUCUGUGAUAUUCAGCAUGUUGAAGGCAGUAUAAAGCUACGUGAAUGUUUUACAUGUGUUCAGAGUGUUUGUGGUGAAGCUUGUGAACCACAUCCACUCGAAGAGAACAAACCUGCAAAAUUGUAUGCUGAUCCCCACUCUCACAAUUGGCUUGUGUUUUCUCCCUGUGCUGCCUAUAAAUAUGUAUUUAUUCAUUAAAGAGAUCUCCCUUUUUUUUUUUUUUUUAAUUUUGGUCAUCAGGCGCCACUUGUUGUAAGUUAUAGUUCAGCUAAAUGAUCACACUGAUGACAACUUGAGCUUCAGUUUAUUUUUUGUUUUAAGUAAUUCAUUAUUAGAAACUCUUGUUUUACUUUACACUUGUGCAGUAUUGUACUUGAGUGCUGAAAAUACAGUAUAUCCAAGCUGAGAAUUGUAAUAAAAUAGCACAUUAUGAUGCAGUGGUGCAACAGGGAACUCAUGAUAUUUUUGUCUUUUUCAAAAACAAACUCGUGUUCAUAGGUUUUCAGCAUAAUUUGCAUCUGCUGGGCAAUAAAUUGAUGAUAUACUCAGAUGUGGUGUUGCUCUGGUAAACAUGACAACCAUUUGAUCUUUUCCAUUUGUUCUCUUUCUUUUUUUUACUCCCUGCACUUACUUAGAAAAAUUACUGCCUCUAUGUUUCAGGUUUUCUUCAAUUCACAAGAAAAAGAAAAUAUCAAACCAGUAAAUGAUUACGCUUCCCGUUUCAACGUAAAUUCUAAAUUAUUUUUGAAGGAGUCUGGAUAAACAUGUUUAUUGUGCUUUUAUUGAAUUUCCUUUUGGCUUACCCCCCUCCACCUUUUUUUCUAAGACCACAGGUGUACAGAUACAAAUGUCUUAACUACCCACAGUUUUAAACAGCGACUCCAAACUACCACACUGAGAUGAUGGGAUAGAUGGAGGGCCUCAAAAUUCUGCCUGCGAACUUGCAGAGAACGUCCAGUCCAGAGCUAUAGCCCCACAACCGUACUCACACACUUCACCACACCCUGCUGGAUACAAUAAGGAUGAAGGGCCUCAUCUAAGUGAAUGGACUGUUCUAUCAUUAAUCCAUAGACAGGACCUUCAGGGCCCACCCUCCGUUUUUAUCAGCACAGCUG